AGGGAGCUCAGGUCCCGAGAGUGGCAAGCUCCCCUUCUGACUCCCCUGUUUGAGUCUCAGGCUGGCGGGGUCCCCAGCUCACCUCCCUGCCCCUUUUUGAAUCCGCCAUAUAUCGAAAUGCCAUCAGCCAGCCGAGAAACGAGCUCAGAGGAUGAUCUAGGAUCCAGCGAUGCAGGCACAGAGGACUAUUCGAUGCCCCAACAAAGCAGUUUCCUGGGUGCUGGCACGGAGUUCCAUGGUGUGCAGCGCUGCACAAAGGACCAUUCUAGGUCACUUGCUGAACAUGUGGACAACCCAUGGAAAGUCAGCGUCCAGAUUCACUGCUAUUCCUCGGAGCUGGGAUACGUGUGCGGAACAAUGAAAGCCCACGUGUCGCCCCAGUCGCCUGUGGUCACUUUCUGGGAGGGAGAGAUCGUGGACAACCAUAACCACAGCUUCUUCACCAACAAGUGGGAUGCCAGCCAAGUAACGGACCUGGAAUACUGGCGCAAGUUUGGCUCUUUUGCACAGCUGGGACGCAGGGUGGCAAGGCAGGGUGGUCGCUGUGGGCAGCUCAAAGACUUCCCUUACAUCUUCAUGAGGUGGAAGGAGAAGUUCUUUAUAAGCAAGCAGGAGGAAAGCCAACUGACCAUCCAGGGCUUCUACUAUGUCUGCCUAUCACGACAGAAUGGUGAAAUCUGGGGAUACUAUUAUGACCCUGACAGCCAACCGUAUCAGGAGCUGGAGCUUCGGGUGAUCCACUCUCACAGCCUGUCUUCAUAUCGAAAUUUCUUUGAGCAUUGA